UGACGUCAGCACGCGCCUCUAAGCGUGUUUGCGAGUAGUUAAUCGACGCUUGAGCUUUGAGCAAUUUUGUCAGGGAAAGGUUUUGUUUGACUAGGAAAAAAGCUGUACGUUUGUAAACGUCUUUUUGUAGCGUAGUUAUGUCCACAAGCGACUUCUAUUUAAGAUACUAUGUGGGACACAAAGGGAAAUUUGGUCACGAGUUUCUGGAAUUUGAAUUUAGGCCGGACGGAAAGUUGAGGUAUGCAAACAACAGCAACUACAAAAACGACGUCAUGAUCAGAAAAGAGGCUUACGUUCACAAAAGUGUGAUGGAGGAGCUCAAGAGGAUCAUUGAUGACAGUGAAAUCACCAAGGAAGAUGAUGCGUUGUGGCCCCCUCCUGACAGGGUUGGCAGACAGGAACUCGAGAUUGUCAUUGGUGAUGAACAUAUUUCAUUUACAACAUCCAAAAUUGGCUCUUUGAUCGAUGUCAACCAGUCUAAAGAUCCAGAAGGCCUGAGAGUAUUUUACUACCUGGUACAGGAUCUCAAGUGUCUUGUCUUCAGUCUUAUUGGCCUCCAUUUCAAGAUCAAGCCUAUCUAAGCUCAUCAGCUGCUACUCUGAUCAUUGUUUUAGGUUGUUGGCUCACGUUUUGGCAUUUGUACAUUUGUUUCUGGUUUAUCUGCUGUUUUACUUUUUUUAAUAAAUAAUUGACUCAA